AACUGGCAGUGACAUCUGUAGGGAUGUCAACAUUAAUAAGAAGUCUAAGCAGGGAAAUAAGAUUAAUUACUAUAUAAUCGUCAAAAUUAAUGUAAUGGAAAAUGCCUCCAAAACCCAAAACGAGUGCUAAAAAACCAGCGGUAAACAAAAGAAAACCAGAGCUAGGAAGAACAUCAAAUUCUGCAAAUGUUGGUUCAGAAACUACUAGUGGUUUAAGUCAAGAAGCUGAAGAUCAAUUUGAGUUAGAGUUAUGCUGGUGUAUCCAGCAAUUAGAAAUGUGUCUAGCUACUGGAAAACUUGCUGAAAAACAGGCUCUUGAUUUAAAUAAAAACAUAAGUAUCCUAAAGAGCAACAAUGCACCUUUGAUUAAGAAAAGACAAAUAAUGCGUAACACUUUGGGGAACUACAGAGAGAAAAUGGCUUUGGAUGAACAGAAACUUGGCAAAACCACAUCCUCUAUUAAAUUUUUGCCUGCACCUAUGCAAAAUAAAAAAUGUAUAUUCCUUAAGAAGGCUAGUUUUAGUUCUGUAAAAAAGAAACAGUAUUCAGAUAAUGAUACAACUUGCUUAAGUGCAGAUGAACCUUCCAUUGAUAUUGACAAUUUACAGACUGUAUUUAAAUUUAAUUUUCAAAUUAAAGAAUAAAGAUACCUUUCGUACAUA